AUGCUUGGUAGUGAUGGUGAUUAUUCUGAAGAUUUAUUUUCAAAAAUAGUGCCUUUAGAUUUCGAAAAAUUUCAAGAUAUUGUUAAGCAAGAGAUAGAUAAUGACAAUGGUAAAUCACUGAUAGAUGUAAUGAUGCCAUUUAUAAUUAAUAAGUUAAAAAAAGGAAUCGAUCUAUCUGGACUCUGUGCAUCAGAAAUAUUCUGGGAUGACACAUUACCAGUUUAUGGAACAGAUUAUAAAACUAUAUUAGUGUGCAUGAUUGAACGCUAUGGAAAUCAUCAAAUCUACCUUGUUUCUUUGUUAAAGAAACUUGGCAUUGCUUUACCAUUUGCAUACAAAUGGAUAGUUGGUAAUGAGUUAGUGUUUAAAAUACCUCUUCGAGCCUAUUCACAUUGUUUAUCAAUUGAUUGUCCAGUUAUUAUUUCUUUAGGAUCGAAUUCCAUCGGUAAAAGUACACUUCUAAACAAGAUUUUUAAUACACAAUUUAUUACCAAUAAAGUUGGAAGAAUAAAUGUUGGUAUCGAUGUGAUAUUUUCUACUCCAGAGUUUUCCUGUGGUUUCACCAUAUUUGAUGUUCAUGAUCAUGCUUAUCAACAGCAAAAGUUUUUAAAAGUAUUUUGUUCCAUGCUACCUAUUAAAAAUUGUUGGAUACUUCUUCAAAGUACAUCAAUUGACGAAACCAAUACUAUUUUCAAAAUGUUACAAUCAUUUAAUUUUGAUAGUCAUCAAAUCAUUUGUAUUAUGAGAGAUUGUAGACGAUUGACCAAGGAACAAGGAGAAAAGCUCCGACAAAACGAAGUUCAACAUAUUUUGUCAAUAUGUAAAAUCGAACAUGAUAAUCCAGAAUUUAAUUCGAAUUUAGUAGCUUUGAGAGAAAAUCUUUUUACAUUAAUUGGAAUCGGAGAAAAAUCUGCCAAAUUACCAAACAACGGUAGUUUUCGAGAGGAAGAUUAUAAUGUUUAUAUAGAAAUUGAAAAUAAAAUAUGUGAACAACGAUAUGAUGAUAUUUAUAUUGCUAUUCAAGACAAAGAGACAAGGAAUUUUUCUAUUCAUAUUGAUGAACUAUUACGAAAUAUUGAUAGGAAUAUGACGAAUUUACAAUCAUUCUUGUUUAAGCAUAUUGAAGCAAAUAAUAAAAUACAAGAUGAACGAAGGCAAAAAGCUAAACUUAUUGGUAGGGAUACUGAACAAAAAGCCGUCCAAUUAAGCAAGAUCGAUGAAAAAAUAACUGAAUUAUCAAGAACGAAAGCUUCUAUUAUGCCUAGUAAUUUGGUUUUGGAAUACAAUAAAUUAUUCAUAAAACAAAAGUUCAACUUGAUUAUUGAAAUGGACCGACGAGUAUGCGCUUGGCAAAGUCCUAUCUUAUCACCAUUGUUCAAAAAACGAAAUGAUAUUUUAAAUGAAUUAAAGAUUUGUCAAAUGACUAUUCAAGAAUUGAAAACCAAAGGUAAACAUUCAGAAAAAUUGAAAGAAGCUGAACGUUUAUUAGAAGAAUUAGAAAAACAAAAAGCAAAAAACUCGAAUAUAAUUGACCAGCAAACCAUAAAUAAGGAUUUUUUUAUGCGAGAAUUACUCUCGAUGUAUGGCGAUGACGAUUUUCCUGCAAACCAAUCUACUAGAAAUGAAUCGUUCAAUAAAGAUAUGUAUAUUAGUUCAUUUAUUGAAUAUAUACACAAAGGCAAUGAAAUUGAAAUGAUUGAUGGAGAUAAUAAUGAAUUUAACACGAAAAUUGUUGCCAAUAUAUUUCGAGGACUUGAAAUGAAACUCGGUGAAGUUGAAGCACCAUAUGUUGUUUCUGUCAUUGGACCACAAAGUACAGGAAAAUCGACUCUUUUAAACAUGUUAUUUGGCAGUAAUUUUCAAAUGAGUGCUGGUCGUUGUACAAAAGGGUUGUAUGCAUCUUUGUUUAAAACUGACUAUCCAAAUGCAAAGACAUUAAUAGUACUUGACACCGAAGGACUUAUGUCUGUUGAAAAAGCUAAUGAAGAAUAUGAUAAAAAGCUAACCGUAUUUUCCAUGGCAUGUUCACAAAUUAUGCUUAUUAAUUUAAAUGGAGAGAUAAAUGCGGCAAUGAAAAAAAUUUUGACGAUUAGUCUUUUUGCUGCUAAUCAACUGAAAAUUUUCAAAACUCGUCCUGUUAUUAUAUUUAUUUUGAGAAAUAUGAUGGAUUUAAAUGUCGAUAAACAAAAAGAAAUGAUUGAUAGUGUUAAGAAAGAACUAAAAGAAAUUUGUGUGUUGAGUCAACUUGAAUUAACUCAAGUGUUGGAUUUCAAAGAAGAAAAAGCCUUUUUCUUGAUGUUAACAGCAUUUAACAAAGAUUCAGUUUACAACAGAGAUAAGGAACUUUUUCAAAAGUCGACAACAAACGCUAAAUUUGCUGAACUCAUUCAAGAUUUACGAAAGAUUGUAUUUGAUGAAGCUACGAUAAUAAGUAAAAAUGGUAAAAAAUUCAAAAGCCUUAGUGAUUGGGUUAAGCAUGCAACGGAGAUUUGGGCAACGCUUAAUCUAUUUAAUAAUAUUUUCAUGAUUGAAUCAAUCAAAGAAAUCAAUGAAAGAAAAGAACUCGGUGAAAUAAUUACUUUUAUAAUGCGAAAUUUUAUUGAGCCGAAUGAGGAAAAAACAAGUUUUCGUUCUAAGCUCGACGCAAUAUUAGUGGAACAAGAAGCCACAGUUAAUGCUUCACAUAAUUUUGAUUCUGAUGUGGAACAACGCUUCGAUGAAGAAGAACUCAAUUUUACACAUAAAGUUAAAAGUCAAUUUAUUCAAGAAACUGAGAAACGUUCAUUUGCAGAAAAAUUAAUAAUUGAAUAUCGCGAUCGAUUAUUUUACGCAAUAAAGUCAAGUAAAACACAAGCAGUAGAAAAAUAUAAAGCGAUUGCUCAAAAACGAAAAAUUCAAGGUAAAAUUGAAGCUUCCUUAACGAAUCUACAAAUUCGUAGUGACGGAAAGAUUCUUGAAUGGCAGAAGGUUAAAGGAGAUAUUUCCGAAGAGGAAGUGACGAAGAAAAAAGAAGAACUCAAAACCUGGUUUAAAACUGAAAUGAAUAAAACAAAAGAACAAAUAAAAAAUGACUUAGAAUCAAACAAGAAAACUGUUGAACAAUGGCGAAAUUUCGUUAAGAAUCAGAUCCUCUCAGCAACUGGAACAAUACCCGUAGAAAAAGUCUUCUAUAGUACAACAACACUACACCAAAAAGCAGCAGAAAUAAUUUCUUCGUCGAAUAACAUUAUUACACUUAUCAAUUGCGAACACAAAUCAAUGCGAAAUGAUGCUAUUAUUAAAAAAAUACCAAGACUAAUGAAUAAUAGGAAGAAAACAGCAAGAGCAAACAAAGAAAAUUCAUGCAAUGCUCCUGCCAUUCAAUUGCGUAUGAAACAUGAAAAACUUCAUAUACAAAAAUCUGAAAAUAAAAUAGUUGCAAAAUGGAAACAAUUCACUUCAUGGAUUUCCAGUACUUUCAUAUUUUCUCAAGAAGGAAGCAAAAAAAAUCAAGUAAAUGAUGAAAAGCCUUCAUCCAAUCAACCAAGUGAACAAGAAUUAAACGACUUGUACGACGUCUGCAUCGACUCGGAUGCUUUAGUACUUAUUUAUUCGAUGUUUUUUGAAAUGAAUGACUAUCUUAAAAAUGAAAUUAAAAAAGAAAUAUCUGAAAGAGCUGAAUAUGAAAUCAUAUGUUUAAAACAGCAUCUCUUACAAAUUCAAGCAAAAAUGAAUGAAAUAAGUCAAAAGUUUUUGGAUGAUGACGACUUAGAAUUUACUGUUAAUUUUGGGACUGACUUGAUCGAAUGGCUAUAUGAUAUUAUUCUUGAGAAAAUGAUCACAGAAGAAAAGAGUACAUACGAGAAACUUGAGCAAAAAGCCAAUGAUCGUAUUGCAGAUUUACUACAAGAUUUUCAAGACAGGCUUGAAAAAACGUUUGGAGAUAUGGAAAAUGCUGAAUUUAUGGCGAAAAAAAUGUUUGAAAACGUCAAUAGUGGAUGUUUAGCAAAGAUAGAACGGGAAUACAAAGAAAAGUUGAAGGAAAAAACUGUUCUUCAUUCAAGCGAUUUGGUUCGUAAAUCAGAUGAAGUUUUCUAUGGGACACAUGGAAUAUACAAGAAUGAUGAUAUUUAUGAGUACAUCACAAACAUGCUUGGAUAUAUGAAGAAAGUCUACACAGCAUUUUUUGAUAAUGAAAAUACUGCUGUGUAUGAUGAAUGUGACCGUGAUUAUCGUACAUUCUACAGUCAACAACAUAAAAUUUUGAUUGAUAAUCUAAAACAACUCGAAUCAAUCUUCAAGGAUAUCAAGACAACUGAAAUUCAAGAUACCCAUAGUUCAGAUAGUAUUCAAAAGUUCUUCAAAGCCUAUUUAGAAGGGAAAAGUACAUGGGAACAACUAAAAGAUCUAAAUGAAAAGCAUUCAUUACAAUUACAAUGGUUGCAACCAAAAGAAUUAGACAAUCCGGAUAUUCUAUUCAAGAACAUAGCAAUUUUUCCAAUAACUAAUCCAAAAGUGUUCAUAGGAGCUCUAAUAAACAAAAUGCAGAAACUCUAUGAAAAGGGAUUGAACAAUGAGGAGUCUAAGUUCACUUUAACUGAUGAUAUAUUGAAAGAAAAGGAUCUCAUUAAGAGCAAGAAUCAACAAGAAGCACUUGGAUGUAUCGAGCAAUGUCCAUUUUGUGGUUGUAAAUGUGAAGAAGGCACGAUAAAACACGAUGCACAUCAAUCCAAGAAACACAGACUAAUGGCAUUCAAUGGAUCGUAUGAAAUGCUUUCGAAUGGAAGAAAAGGUUAUAUAUUUGAUUUAUGUAACAGUGAAUUUACAAUCAGACAUAGCAAAUGGAAAGAAAAUUCAUCAAGUCAAUUAUCAGUUCAUGACAGUAAAGAAAUUAAGGAAAGAAUGAGUCAAUACUCAGUUGGUCAAGGAGAUGUUACAAUUACAUUGUCCUGGUGUGAUAGUAAUGAUCUAGAUUUACAUGUGAAGUGUCCGUGUGGGACUGAACUUUUUUUCGGAAACACACGAUGUUCAUCGUGCUCUGGAUAUUUAGAUAGGGAUAUGAAUGUAUGCUUUCAUGAUGGCACGUGUCCACAAAACAGAUGCUCAUCAACAAAGCCGAUAGAAAAUGUCUUUUUCAAACCAGCUAAAAGUGGAAUCUACACCGUGUCAGUACACUACUUCAGUGGACCAAAAGGUAGAGCAAGUACGAAAUCAAACUAUGAAGUUCGAGUAUCAACUCACGCCAAUGCCAAUGUCCAAGCAUUUAAUGGCUAUGUUGAAUCUUCUGGUCCACGAAACCGUGUCGAAGUUGGCCAAUAUGAACACAGUCAAGGACUUAAUUUUCUUGAACAUGUUAAAAAAAAUUUUUCUUCAUGGCGUAAUAUUAGCAUCGUUGAUGAUAAAUGUUGGGAGAAUGUUUUGAAAAAAGCUUGGUAUCAAGUUGCGAGUCGAAUGAGUACAUUUCAUGGAUUUGAAAAUAAUACUCCAGAAGAAUUUCGAAAUUUGAACAUUUAA